UUGAGAAUUCAGUUGCAGAGACCGAGAUGAUUUGAAUGAGAAGAAUGGCCCAUCAGGAAUCGCAUAGGAAUGGAUGGUUAAAGAAUUGUCAAUAAAGAUGACCGUCAACUUCUUUGGAAAUAACUUGUUUCAACAGUUGUCACAGACUGUAGCAAAUGGUUUUUAUUUAGUUGGGUUAUCGCUACAGAGGAUAGGCUCAUAUAUUGUCAACUUUGGAAACGACUGUAUUUAUGAGGAAACUUUGGUUCAUUCCAGACCUCUCAACUUUGCUGCUUCUGUUUCAGGCCAAGUCAUUUCCAUACCCUGGUUACUAGUUGUUGUAGCCCUUUCAACUCUUUUCAAUUGGGUUUCUCGAGUCGUUAGAGUCGUUUUCAAAUUGCUAUCAAUUACUUUCAACGGAGAAAGCGCGGGUUUCCUCGGACUUUCUGCAACUCGAAAGAUUCCUCCCAGGAUAAAUAUUUCUGCUGGAGAAAAGAUAGAAAUGCCGAAAUAUUUGUUAGGAAAGAAAGGAAUGGUGGUGGAUACUGAACGAAAACUCAUACACUGUUAUGCUCCAGCGAGCGGUGCAUUUCUUGGAUCCGUUUCGAUGAUGGAUGAAAAACAAGUCAACGAUGCUGUGUUGAAGGCAAAAGAAGCUCAAGAAAAAUGGAAAAUGGUUUCUUUUAGUGAAAGAAGAAAAGUUUUACGGUGCCUAAAGAAAUAUAUUGUGAAGUAUCAAGAUGAUAUCGUUUGGAUGUCUUGUUUGGAUACAGGGAAAACAAGAGUUGAUGCAGUUCUUGGAGAAAUCAUAACUACACUUGAGAAGAUUCGUUGGUUAUGUGCAGAAGGUGAAGCAGUUUUAUCUACAGAAAGGCGCUCUGUGGGUCCACUUACUUUACAUAAAACUGCUCGAGUGGAAUAUCAUCCCUUGGGAGUGAUUGGAGCUAUUGCACCUUGGAACUAUCCCUUUCACAAUAUGUAUAAUCCGCUUCUUGCAGCUUUAUUUUCUGGUAAUGCUUUUGUAAUUAAGCCUUCUGAAUAUAGUUGCUGGAGUUCUCUGUAUUUUGCCAAAAUUAUCCGCAGUGUUUUGGACUUUUGUGGAUAUCCUUCGGAUCUUGUUCAAAUUUUAUGUGGAGAUAAUAGCACAGGCGAAGCACUAACCCGUUGUCCGUUUGUUGGAAAAAUAUUUUUUACUGGUUCUACUAAAGUAGGAAGACUUGUGGCUAAGCAAGCAGCAGAACAGUUGAAACCUGUUGUUUUGGAGCUCGGAGGAAAGGAUCCAUUCAUCAUUCUACAAGAUGCUGACCAGGAACAAGCAAUCGAAUUACUAAUGAGAGGAGUAUUUCAGAAUUCAGGUCAAAACUGCGUCGGAGUUGAAAGAGUUUUUGUCCAUCGUGACAUUUUUGAACACUUUGAAAGCAGGAUUGUGUCAUUAGUCAGCAAAUUGACAGUAGGAAACGAUUUAGCUGACGAAAAUGCUUGCGUGGAUCUUGGUGCUAUGACAAUGGGUCCAAUAGCUAUUCAAAACAUUCAGUCCCUUAUUCAAGAUGCGUUAGAUCAAGGUGCACAGAUCCUUCAUGGAAGCUUAUCGAAGCUGUCGGAUAAAGAUUCAUACUUGAUGAGUCCAAUCGUUUUAACUCAUGUUUCUAAAGAUAUGAGAAUUAUGCAAGAAGAAGUGUUUGGUCCAGUUAUUGUUUUGAUUUCCUUUGAGGAUGACAGUGAGUUGGUCGAGUUGGUUAAUCUUUGUCCCUUCGGUUUAGGCUCUUCGGUCUUUUCACGAGAUUAUAAUCGUGCCAAUCGAAUCGCAGCCGAGUUACAAUGUGGCAUGUGUAAUAUUAAUGACUUUGGUGUGAACUAUCUUUGCCAGAGUUUGCCGUUUGGUGGUACUAAGGCUUCGGGUUCCGAUCGCUUUUCGGGAGCUGAAGGUCUUCGAGGCUGUUGUUUAGUAAAAGCAGUUACUUGUGAUCGUAUUUCAGGAGUGCGAACCAGAAUUCCGAAACCUUUGAGGUAUCCCGUUAAGAAGAAUGGAUAUCAUUUUUCGAAAUCCUUGGUCGAAGUUUUAUAUGAAGAUAGUCAGCUUCAACGUAUGCGAGCAGUAUGGCAGUUGAUAAGAACUGCUUUAAGUGGAUAAGUAACCAAAGCCUAAUAAGUAACAACAUUCCUGAGAAUAUUUAGUCGACUUAUUU